CAGCGGGGCAGCGCUUCUGACGCUUCGCCGCCGUGCAACUGGGCCGCAACUCGGGCGACUCUCGUCUGUCAACAGCUACUGACAACGCUGUGCUCGACCAAGCGUGGCUCACACCGUAGGCGGCCAGUGCCUCCUGGUGCGGAGGGACGCGUGCCAGGUGAAGGUGAAUGGCUCCUCUCCUGUCCGCACUCAUCCCAGUCCACUCGCAACGAUGCUGAGGACCGGAGACCCAAGUCCCAUUUCACAGAGGCACCUUGGACGUUGGAAAAGGAACGGGAAGAUCGGGCCGUGCGCGGCGGCCAGAGCCUCGAUGCUGUCGCUGCGGCAGCCCGACUACCUGUCCCCGCUGUGCGGCGGCGGCGGCUCGGAGCGCAAGGUGCGCAGUGCCUCGGAGGGGGGCCACGACUGGGCGUCCAUGAGCGGCGCGCCGCCCGUUGAGGCGCCGCCAGCCGACGCCUGGUUCCGGCCGCCCGACUACCCGUCCUUUUACCCACGCAUCCCCUUCCCGCUGGCCGCGUAUGGGGCACCGCCGCCGGCCUCCUUGCUGGCCAGCCGGCGACCCUACCCGCAGCCAGAGCCACCGCCGCUGCCGCCGCCGCCGCCGGCGUUCCAGACCCGGCGCCGGUCGCCGCCAAGCCCGCCGUACCGACUGCCCAGUGGCAAGGAGGGCAGCCUCAAGCACCGAAUCCUCCAGCCGCCGGCCAGCAUCAGCAUCGUUGAGCCCCCGGCCUCGCUGCUCGCAGGCGCGCCACUGUCGGCGCCGCCCGUGCGCAGCCGGGCUCCCGAGGGCCCCCAGCUGGCCGUUGCUGCAAGCAGCAGUAGCACCAGUACCAGCAGCAGCAGUGGCCAAGUGCCCGGUGCUCUACACUACCCCGCCUAUUUCGUCAAAGGCUCCAUAAUCCAGCUCGGUAGUGGUCUGCUCAAGAAAGUUGAAGACUUGCGCACCGAGGAUUUCGUGAGCAGUGCCAACCUGAGCCGAGACCUGCGCAUCGAUUCGAGCCGAGUGUUGCGUGUUGCCGAGGCACCGUCUAAGGGCGAUGGCGUUGCCCUGCUGAGCUUCUCAGUCGGCCAGAACCAGGUCCAGGUGACAGUGGAGGCACCGGUAGAACACCCUUUCUUUGUCUUCAACCGGGGCUGGUCUUCCUGCAAUCCCGAGCGCUCUCUUCAGCGCUACCAGCUCCAGUGCCACAGGCUGAGUGUUGGCGAUGUCUGCAUCUCACUGACGCACCGUGCUCGCCGAACAGGGCUGCCUCCUCGACCGCCCCCUGCAGCGCCUGGGGCAGACCCGAUGAACCCACUGAGCAUCCGUGAGCCAGCGCCCCGUAAGCGUCGCUGGUCUGCCCCAGACCAAGUGGCUCCUGUGUCGGAGAGGACCACGUGAUGCAGUGCUGUGAUGACUGGUAUUUUUCCUCGUGGCCUCCCUGCCGCAUUCCUCUCCAGGACCAGUGGGCUCUUCCAGCUGGGAGGAGCAGGCUGCACAUACAACCACCAUGUGACUUAGCUGUCUACUUACAGAUUUGGGUAUGCGAUGGCCAGUUGAGGGCUCCCCGGUUAAUCAGAACUGUGAUGUCGGGCUCUCUAAGUUUGACCGUGUUUAUGUAUACCCAAAUAGGCCUCUAGACUGCCUGUCACCGUGUGCUUGUCUCCGAGGCACAAAUUGUGCUCUUGGAGACCCAAAGAACUAUCGGUUCCAUAGCAGAGCCAUAUGUACACAAGAUCUCUCAAUCUGGGUAGAAAGACCUCCCAAAGAAUAUUUUUCGAGUGAAAAGGCUCCAUUUUUAGAGCUAGCCGUACCAGGAAACGUUGCCGAAGGCCAGUUAAAAGGGAUUUUUUGGGAAGUUGUCCAAAUCUAAGUCACCCAGAGAGCCGAGUGCUCCUAUCAAUAUUUGCAAAAUGAGAUUGAUCUCACUGCCUGGAGCAAGGCAACUCCGAAUUCUGAUACUGAGGCUCUCUUGGAAGUUAGCAGCAGACUCCUUGCUCUCUGCAGAGACCAUGCUGGCCAUGGGUGUUGUGUUUUGGCGAUCUCCAGCAAUGUUUGCUACUUGUUUUUUGUUUGUUGUUUAAUACCUCUGUAAUUGUUUGUGCUCCCUCACCAAACAUGUUUGUUACUGCAUUCGUUAUAUUGCCAUUGUCUGUUUGGGUGCCUCUCCUUGCUCAGCCAGACACGCCAUUCUGUAAUGGGCAAAAGUCGUCAGCUCAAGCCCUGGCUGUCUUUGUGGCUGCUUAUGUGAAGCCCACAUUAGUGAUGCCAAAAGGUAACGGACUAAAGGCAAGUCCAUGUGUUCAUAUUAAAUGCUUACACAGGGUCCUUGUUGACUGAAGCCAAUUGAAAUGCUAGUGAAACCUGCCCCUGCAGAAAUCUUAAUGAAUGUAGGCCACAGCUAGUGUAGGCACAUUGGAGUGCCAGUGCCUUCUUGCUGCCGGAGAAGCCUAGUUCUUUCUGUUGCUUCCAAAAAUCGCCAUCAUACAGUCAGUGCAUUUGCAUACCUGCCAACUCUCCCGAUUUGCCCGGGAGACUCCCGAAUUUCGAUCACUUCUCCCCUUCGUACGGGCACGGCCGUAAAUAUCCCGAAAAAGCAGCCCUAACUCUGCCGCGAAAAGAAAAUAAUAACAAAGGACAGCAUUUAUGAAAGAACCCCAAGAGCUUUCCAGAGCGGCUGCGGGACCCUCCCCUCCUCCCACCAGUAUAGAGGGGGACGGUGGGGGCUCUGGCUCUGCAUUUUAUCAAAGUAGCAGUGCCGCGGCGUUUGCGUGUGACUUUUGUUAUUUACAAUUCUUCAAUUCUUAUGUACAAUUCUUUCUCUUUUUUUUUCUUUUUUUUACUUAUCAUACUGCAGCGCGCUCCUACAGUACGGCCGCUGUUUCAGGCUCCGCGGGACGUGUUUUCGUGAAAACGCAGUGCCGUACGCACAAAAGUUUUUUUCAAGUGAAGCUUGUUACGAGUUACAGAUUUCGGCGUUGUAUGCGAAGAACCCGGCGCCGACAAGCGUAUAGAUGUGCAGCCCUCGAAGGGCUGCACUUCUGUACGUUCACAUGCAUAUUUGUAUGCGCCGUUUUCCAAUAAUUGAUGCUUUCUCGAUCGUGGGCUUGUUCGGCGAUCAGCCGUUUCUGAUACGGGCAAUCUCAUCUUUGAUCGAGUUUGCUUCUCAUUUCACGUUGCCACGUUUCAUUGUUGCCUGGAUAUGAACGCAUGGCCGUCGAUGUUGCCUGUAGCAACUGAAGUGUAGUACUAGUAAGCACGUGCAUGAAGGUCCAAUUCUCGGCAUGGAUGCAGGAAAACGAUUCGAGGUAGCAUUGCGCGAUGCGAUAAAAAGAAAAGCAGUGGGUCAGGCACGCGCACGCUAAGCUUCGCUUGUCCCCCAUUUCCCGAUAAGGGAUAAACUGAUUUGUUUUUUGUUUUUGUUUUUUCGCAAUGGGUCCAACGCAUGCGGAACGCUUAUUAAACCACUUUCGCCGCAGUACACUGGUAUUAUGCGGAAAAGCUACUAGGAUUGGCUAGGGGCACGAAGCAAGAAUUCUUAGAAGAGGAGAAACAGUGCUCGUUCUGGCGUUCUAGUGAAGUCACGACGCCGAUGCGCCCUCCAGGCCCGUAGCCAGAGGGGGGGGGGUGCCCUGCCGGGAUCUUUGAGUUUCUCUUUAUUUGCUCAAUAUAGUCAAUAAUGAUGAUAUAAAUUCACUAUACCAGACCCACCAUAGUCGCAGCUUCGCUGGCUUCCAUCUUCACACUAGUGGGAGAGCUUUCAAUUUUUUUAAACGUGAAAUCGUCGAGUAUCAUUUUUGCAACGGAUGGCGGUACUUGCCUUCCAUGAUAUUAGUUGGUAUUUAUAUCUUAAUGCUUUCCCUCUGUGCCUUUGAUGGUUCAAGGCAUCUGUAAUGGUCAGCGCUGGGAACCGACUAUACUAUCGCUGCAGGUAUUUAAAGAUCCGUUGGGCGCUGGUGAAAAACAAAGUGCGUCGAGUGCACCAUGCCACUCCAAGAAGUGCUUCUCGCAAACAUAUACACGAGAUGUGAGCUCUCGAUCUUUCCUUGGUCUCGCUCGACACCACACUUCCAAGCGUAUACAUGCUGGCUCGGAACUUCAACGGGAAUCACAGUCCUCUUGCAAAAUGCGUAGCCUCUGCUGCAUUACGGCACGACACAUUUUUGCCCCGCCCUAAAGGGUCACGGAUAGAAAACGCUUCGCGUUUGUUGCAACGUGAAAAGCGCGCGCAAAUCUGAGAGGCCAGCGCCGCCGGCGCAAAGUGUAAGCACGCCCCCAAGAGAGACAGAAAGCCUGCAGAUCGCGAAAGACACCUCGACAGCUUCACACACAAAUUACACACCUAAUGGGACCAUUUGAAACAACGCAUUUCCCGUAUCAUGUGGAUUAUUUCUGACGGGGAUUUGGUGUCAGGUUCCGAGAAUAGCGAUACUGCUCUCCAGAAUGACACAAUUCUACGAUUCUGAAAUAUAGAGGUUUUGUUCAGCAGCUAAGUUUCAACACAUGGUGACCGCUUGGUGUGUCUCACGAAAAAAUGCUUCAGACCAGUCCCGUCUCUUUAGCUUACCCGAACAAAGCGUUAUUAAGCACUAUAGGCGAGUAAAUAAUGCGAGUAACACUUAACAAAGCCACAAACAUUUUAUCUCUUAUGAAGCCGCGGGCCGCGUGUUUGAGAACCCCGCUAUAUGCGAACGAGUGACCUGUGGCGUCGGCAGACGUAGUCUCUUCUGACAUUACUUCUAGUAGUAAACUCGUAGCUCGUUUCAAGCGCCGCACGGCAUGUAAUUAAGGCAGUGUUAACAACUGCAGCUAAAAGGUAGGUCAGUUCUAUUUAUUGACGCUGCAGAAGGAAAGCUGAGAAAAAUUUACGAUAUAUGAGACGAUAUCGGGUUUUUUGUGCGUCGCGCACAUAGAAAACGUAAGCGAUGGCAACCCGAUCGACACAUCAUCUUCGUGCUGCGGCGAAAACAGUAUUUCCUUCUCGCCCUACCAUUACUGUCACGGCGUAGCAAAUUAUUCUCCUCAAAUACUUUUCUCCGUGGUUGGGGGCUACUAGCUGUCACGGGACACAACAUAUUUUGUCCCUUAAUUGCUUACUCAUUAAUUUAUUAAUGAAUAUAUGGGGUUUUACGUCCCAAAACCACGAUAUGAUUGAGGGACGCCGUAGUGGAGGGCUCGGGAAAUUUCGGCCAUCUAGUGUUCUUUAACGUGCCCUGACAUCGCACAGUAUACGGGCCUCUAGCAUUUCGCCUCCACCGAAAUGCGACCGCCACGGCCGGUAUCGAACCUGCGACAUUCGGUUCAGCAGCCGAGCACCGUAACCACUGAUCCACCUUGGCGGACCUUAAUUACACACUCAUGCACGCGCCUUAUAUUUGCGAAUGCAAGUAUGAUCGCUGACGUACAAAGACUUAGCUGACACUCAUUCGGAGCUUGCGUUGAUGUUGCUGUGGCCCUGAGAAACAAUAAACGGAAACUUGCGCCAGUUUUCCUUUGUCGUGUGCCCCCCCCCCCCCCCCAACUCCCCCUAUCUACGAAUUUCCCGAAUUUCGAGGUUCGCAGGGGUUGGCAGGUAUGCAUUUGGAGAAACCUGUACAAGGUGUGUUGUGUACUUCCUACGAGGGCAGGGGCUGUCCCUUUGGACAGGUGGGCUUCAGGGGCCGGUUUUACUGCGCUAUCCAAUGGGCAAGUGCGAAUUUCCUACACAUGUGUUGCCCACACUGUUUGUAAUGGCUGUUCUGUCCAAUAAGGGCGCCACCAAAGUUUUGAGACUCCUUCACUUGAUCUCUUAACACCACCGGUCAACACGAAGUGGUAGAAGUGCGAGACUAAAACUUUUUUUUUCUUUUCUCAUUGUUGUCUUUGAGACAAGUGUUCUAUACCAGUGCACAUGCUAUAACUGUCAGUGUUGCUGGCCUACGUACCAAGAUUAAACCAGUGUUUGUUUCUUUCUGA